UAAGAAAAUGAAAUAUCGGUAAAACGCGCAUGCACAGUGCCUUUGUGUUCAUACACACAUGGCCGAAAAAGCACGGCAGCAACGUUGAAUGAGAACCGGAGGAAAGCGGACUGUUGAGUGAAACGGAUAAAUCAGAAUUGGUUUGUAAAAAUGGUGCAACUUAACUGGUUUUGUGUUUGUCAGUCAGAUGCACAAUAAAGCACAUUUUCUUUGCAGAACAUGCAAGCAGGCCAUCGUUAUUGCCGGAUUUGUCCGACUAAGGUGCUCGCAAAUCUGGGAGUAAUCUGGGUCCUAAACUUCGUCCAUUUCAGGUCCCAAAGUUAAACAAACACUGUGGCAUCACUGUGAGUUUAAAACGGUCUAAAUUCUUUCAUCUUCAAUAAAAAGAUCAGCAUUGGUGCUUUACCAGGUGUAACUAUGAAGUUUAACAUCCAGGCAUUCAUGAAAACAGAAUUUAUUACAUUUAACGCGGUAAACGACUUAGCAGGAAGUUAGCUUGCUAGUUUUGCUAGUUACCUAAGCAUGAUAUAGCAUGUUCUGACUGCGAGAUUUCUGAAUAAAUUCUAACAUACAGCUGUUGUGUGAUUUUUGAAAUGUUUUUUGAAAAUCUCAUUACCAUUCUAGGGGAGCUAGUAGUUGGCUGAGUUUAUACUGCUACCGAUGAGUCUGAGCGGGACUCCUUUGUGGAACUAUGGGAGUCCAUAUAUACAGGGUGUAGCAUCCCCUGGGUAAAGGUGGUGACAUACAGGACAGUCAGUGGCUUUUUACCUUUCAAGUUCUUGUAUGCAAUUGAUGACUUUCUAUUUGUAGUUGCUUCUGGGGUUUUACCUUGAAGCUUUAUAGGUACGGUUGUCACUGAGGAGUUUAGUAAUGCUUAUUUGCUCUGCUUCUUUUUGUCAGGGAUAAAAUACGUCUAUAUACUUUUUGUGUCCCAGCUGAGUAACAGCAGAAGAGUUUGUUUGAGCAACAGAGGAACAAUUUCAGCCAUUUGGACUCAGCUCAGCCACUACAGAGGAAACAAUGACUUCAACACAGAAGGACCAACAUGAGGCGGGAAAACAGUGCUCUCAGGAGGCCGACAAACCUCACAGAAGAAAGGGAGAGAAAACCUACAGCUGUGAUGAGUGUGGGAAGGAUUUUACCCGGAAUGACAGCCUAAAAACACACCAACUCAUCCACAGUGGAAUUAAACCUUACAGCUGUGGUGAGUGUGGAAAGUCUUUUACUCAGGCGGGAAGCUUAAAAAAACACCAACUCAUCCACAGUGGACUUAAACCUUACAGUUGUGACUUGUGUGGAAAGUCUUUUAACCGGACUGGAAGCUUAAAAUUACACCAACUCAUCCACAGUGGAGUUAAACCUUACAGCUGUGACUUGUGUGGGAAGGAUUUUACCUGGGCUGAAAGCAUAAAAAGACACCAACUCAUCCACCGUGGAGUUAAAGCGUACAACUGUUACUUGUGUGGAAAGUCUUUUACCGAGGCUGGAGGCUUAAAAAAACACCAACUCAUCCACAGUGGAGUUAAAUCGUACAGCUGUUACUUGUGUGGAAAGUCUUUUUCACGGGCUGGAGGCUUGAAGACGCACCAACUCAUCCACAGUGGAGUUAAACCUUACAGCUGUGACUUGUGUGGAAAGUCUUUUACCCAGGCUGGAGGCUUACAAAGACACCGUAUCAUCCACAGUGGCGUUAAAGCAUACAGCUGCGACUUGUGUGGAAAGACUUUUACCCAAGCUAAAGACUUAAAGUCACAUCAUGUCAUCCACAGUGGAGUAAAACCGUACAGCUGUAACUUGUGUGGAAAUUCUUUUAGACGGGCUGGAUGCUUAAAAACACACCAACUCAUCCACAGUGGAGUUAAAGAGUACAUCUGUGGCUUGUGUGGUAAAGCUUUUGCUCAAAAUGCCCACUUACAGAGGCAUCUAGUUGCCCACUCUGGAAUUAAGGCUUACAGCUGUGACUUUUGUGGAAAAACUUUCAACGACAAACACAACCGAAAUAGUCACCUACGGAUUCACACUGGAAAUGAAGUUUACUGCUGUGAUCAGUGUGGGAAACUGUUUGCAACAGACGCACAGUUAAAACAACACAUGUUUAUCCACACUGAGGAGAGACCUUACAAAUGUGACCUGUGUGAGAAGACUUUUAAAAUUCCAUAUCACCUGAAAAGACACCAACAGAUCCACACCAGAAAGUAACUCUACAAGGGCAGUUACUGUGAGGAUGUAUUGAUUUUUUUAUCCUGUAAUUUUAACCUGAUUAUUUGGAACAAAUCAGAUCAGUAAACUUAUGGAGUUAUACUGAAUGAACUGUUUGGAAAAAUGAAGAGUCGUUUUCGCCCAGUAAGCUGAGUGUUGUAAUGUAAACAGUAAAAUGUAAUUGGACAUUGGCAGAGAUCACUUACACCGUCUUUGUUUAGAAGCAGAGCAACACAGAUGGAUCCUGUUCUCAGCCCUGUCGUCACUGUGGUGGUGGGAAAGUUUCUCUGUGACCUUUGUGGAAAAACUUCCAAUCAUCAACGGGACCAAAAACCACAUCAAUGUAGCCACACUGGAGACAAAAUGAACUACUGCAAAUAAUGUGGGAGAGGCUUCCACACACCAAGUACAUUAAAAAUACAUGAACUCUUUCACAGUGGGAUCAAAAAGCACAUAUGUGACUAGUGUGGGUCAUCCUUCACCACUGCACGUGAGCUUAAAGAACAAGCAUAAGUGAAUCCACACAGGAGAGACACCAUACAAGUGCAGACACUGUGACAAAAGCUUCUCACAAUCAGGUCAUCAUAACAAACAUGAAAGUACACACAUGGAAGUGAACUUCAGCUGUGACCAGUGUGAUAAGAGCUUCAGGAAUCUCAGUUCAUACUCUGAACACAAACGAUCCCACGCUGUAAAUAAACUGUUUCACUGUUACCAAUGUGCAAAAACCUUCACUUCAUUAUCUGCUCUGUGCAACAUCAGCCUGCUCAUGCAGGACUGGAUCACAAUGAAUCUGAAGAGAGAGAAAGAUCCUCUUCUGGUUUCAGGGUCGGACUUAAAAACCUUGAGAUCAGGCUCCACAGAGUUCAGAUGGAAUCUGUAGUUUUUUAUUAUGAAAUCCUGAUAAUGUUAAAGCAUUAGUU